AAGGGCGGGGUUACCAUAUUCCUUAUGCUGAGUUUUCGUGUUUAGUUCACUGUCAAUCAAUUUGCGAAGAAUAUUAAAACGACAGAAUGCCAGAGCCAGCAAAAUCCGCUCCUGCGCCGAAAAAGGGAUCCAAAAAAGCUGUGACGAAAACGCAGAAGAAAGGUGACAAAAAACGACGCAAAACGAGGAAAGAGAGCUAUGCCAUCUAUGUAUAUAAAGUACUGAAGCAGGUCCACCCUGAUACCGGCAUCUCCUCCAAGGCAAUGGGCAUCAUGAACUCGUUUGUCAAUGACAUUUUCGAGCGUAUCGCAGGCGAGGCUUCGCGCUUAGCCCAUUACAACAAGCGGUCCACCAUCACAUCCCGAGAGAUCCAGACUGCCGUUCGCCUGCUGCUGCCGGGAGAACUGGCCAAGCAUGCAGUGUCUGAGGGUACCAAGGCCGUAACCAAGUACACCAGCUCCAAGUGAACCAUCCGUCAGAUGGCUAAACUCGAGAAGUUCAUCUGUGACUUCACGAUGGAAAAGGCGGCAAUUAAACGCCAUGUCAUGUACUGUAUUUAAGGAAAAUCCAGUCUCAAACAGGAAAUUCAUUUUACGGAAGCGUCGUAAUUCAGAUCUUAAGUGGCAUACUGCAGCUCACAUUUGCUUGUUUGACUAACUGUACAUUGACAAUCGUUCAGUUAAAUCGUUCUGUGUCCAAUUCUGAAUUGACGUAACAUUCUUAUUACGCCUGUGUUUGCAUUCUUGCAUGCACCUGUAUGCUUGCCAUUACGAACUGAACCUAAGGGUUAUCUUCAUACCUAAUGGAAAUCCAACUAAUUAAUGCUUGACUGCGAUUUCACUUUCAUGCCGUACCUUACCUUUUAAGGGGAGUCGUUUUCAAGUGGGGUUAGUACUGUACUGUAACGCAUUAUUAGGAUGCGUUAUACGUUUGCAGCCUGAUUUGUCUAUCGCGCUGUUUAUAUGGUAUCCUAUACUUUGUGAAUAAACUGUUAAAUAUGUUUUUAUCUUCGCUAAGGUGAUGUUAAAAAUAAACGUUUUAAUUUUCGGAAUCAAAA